AUGCGGAUCACCUCCCUCGCUCUACUCCCUAUCCUCGCUACAGCAGCCUCAGCAAACUUGGCUGCCGAUGCUCUCGGCUGGGCAGGUGAACUCGUAUCAGGAGGUGGCAAAGUAUCUACUACCGUCAAGGAUGGGGACGUAAGGACUAUGGAUAGUUGGAGUUACGUUGAUUGUGGCCUCGCAACUGAUGCAGUCCAACUCAAAUCUAUUCACGUUACUCCUGAUCCACCUGUCCCUGGUAAGAAUCUCACUGUGGAAGUUGAAGCAGAUGUGAUCGAACCAAUCAAGGAAGGUGCAUAUGCCGAUGUCACUGUUAAGCUCGGUUUGAUCAAGUUGUUGCAAAAGCAAUUUGACGUUUGUGAGGAAGCUCGAAAUGCCAACGCAACUGUUCAAUGCCCAGUCUCACCAGGUCCAUACAAGGUCAAACAAACCGUUGAAUUACCCAAAGAGAUCCCAAAGGCUAAAUUCUCAGUCCAAGUCAGAGGUUAUACCGACACUGACGAAGAUAUGGUCUGUCUCGAUCUUUUCGUUGAUUUUAUGAAAAGACCAGGUGGUGGGAACUAA